AAAAAUAUCUUACAAGUAAAAUCUUAAUUUUUUUUUUCUUUUCUUGAAACGUAGUAUUAUCUAGGUCUCAAAACUCUCUCAGAAUAAAAAGGUAUACAAAUCGUACGAUUGAGAACAAUACAUAGGAGCAUUGUCUUAAAUUUUUCCGGAGGAUAUUGAGACCCAAACCCUAGUGGAAUUGUAGUAGUGGAGUAGUGAGCGAGAGGCAGAGAGAGAUUCUUGCGUUCUUAUUCGCAUGCGCUGCAUUUCUUUGUCUGGGUUCGGUUUCAAAUCAGUUUCAUCUUUCUUCAACCUCCGAGCCCUAAGCUUCACCUUCUCAUCAAUGGCGUCCUCCGAGGAUUCUCUCCGCCGAGCGCUCGCCGAUAAGCAAUCGGCGGUGGAAGCGCAGGCUAACAGCGUCCGUGCUCUCAAGGCCGCUGGCGCUCCCAAGCCAGACGUCGAAACAGCCAUCGAAGCCCUCAAUGCGCUCAAGCUGCAGAAGGCUUCCAUCGAGAAGGAUCUCCAAGCAGCUGUCACCGGCGCCGCCGAUGGCUCCGCUGUCAGCAGGGAGGCUUUCCGACAGGCGGUGCUCAACACUUUGGAACGUCGUCUGUUUUACAUUCUGUCGUUCAAGAUCUACCGCGGCGUCGCCGGGCUUUAUGACUACGGUCCGCCUGGUUGCGCUGUUAGGUCUAAUGUUCUUGCGUUUUGGCGUCAGCACUUUGUUCUUGAGGAGAACAUGUUGGAAGUGCACUGUCCCUCAGUGACCCCUGAAAUUGUUCUCAAAGCUUCGGGGCAUGUCGAUAAAUUCACCGAUCUUAUGGUCAAGGAUGAGAAAACUGGUACUUGCUUCCGGGCUGAUCACUUGCUCAAGGACUUUUGCAAUGAAAAACUUCAGAAGGACCUUACCAUUUCUGCCGAGACUGCUGCUGAGUUGAGACAUGUCCUUGCUACUUUGGAUGAUCUGUCAUCCGACGAGCUUGGUGCGAAAAUCAGAAAGUAUGGCAUCACAGCUCCGGACACUAGGAAUCCACUUUCGGAUCCUUACCCAUUCAAUCUGAUGUUCCAGACAUCGAUUGGCCCAUCUGGCUUGAGCCCUGGGUACAUGCGGCCAGAAACUGCUCAAGGCAUAUUUGUAAACUUCAAAGACUUGUAUUAUUACAAUGGGAACAAACUCCCUUUUGCUGCUGCUCAAAUUGGCGAGGCUUUUAGAAAUGAGAUAUCACCUCGCCAAGGCCUUCUGAGAGUUCGUGAGUUCACACUUGCUGAGAUUGAGCACUUUGUUGAUCCAGAGGACAAAUCUCACCCAAAGUUUUCAGAAGUUGCAAAUCUCGAGUUUCUGAUGUUCCCAAGGAAAGAACAAACUUCUGGCCAAUCUGCAAAGAUAAUUCGAUUGGGUGAAGCAGUUGCCGAGGGUAUUGUUAACAAUGAAACUCUUGGCUACUUCAUUGGGAGAGUAUAUCUUUUCCUUACUCGUCUUGGUAUACAUGAAAACCAUUUACGGUUCCGCCAGCACCUUGCUAAUGAAAUGGCUCACUAUGCUGCUGACUGUUGGGAUGCUGAGAUUGAGUCGUCCUAUGGCUGGAUUGAGUGUGUCGGUAUUGCAGAUAGAUCUGCAUAUGAUUUACGUGCUCAUUCAGAAAAAAGUGGCGUUGCACUUGUUGCUGCUGAAAAAUUUUCAGAGCCCAGAGAAGUGGAGAAAUUGGUUGUGAUUCCGGUGAAGAAAGAGCUAGGUCUUGCGUUCAAGGGGAGCCAAAAGAAUGUUGUUGAAGCUUUGGAGGCAAUGAAAGAAGAAGAAGCUUUGGAAAUGAAAGCCAAUUUAGAAACCAAAGGAGAGGUGGAGUUUUAUGUCUGCACUCUUGAGAAGAAUAUAACUAUUAAGAAGAGCAUGGUGACGAUUUCAAAGGAGAAGAAGAAAGAGCACCAAAGAGUCUUCACACCAUCGGUAAUCGAGCCAUCUUUUGGUAUUGGUCGCAUUAUAUAUUGCCUCUAUGAGCACUCUUACUACAUGAGACCAAGCAAAGCCGGGGAUGAACAGUUAAAUGUGUUUCGGUUCCCCCCACUCGUUGCACCUAUUAAGUGCACAGUUUUCCCACUGGUUCAGAAUCAACAGUAUGAGAAUGUUGCAAAAGACAUUUCCAAGUCUUUGACUGCGGCUGGAAUCUCUCAUAAGAUUGACAUUACAGGUACUUCCAUAGGCAAAAGAUAUGCGAGAACUGAUGAACUCGGUGUACCGUUUGCAAUCACAGUGGACUCGACAACAUCGGUGACGAUAAGGGAGAGGGACAGCAAGGAUCAAAUACGUGUCGAUGUGGAAGAGGCCGCAGCCAUUGUCAAGGAGGUAACUGAGGGUCGCAGGACUUGGGAAGAUGUCUGGUCGUCAUUUCCGCAUCAUUCCUCUGUAUCUGCAGAUGCAGAUGAUUGAAAUUGCGUACUUGCAUUCAUUUUGACACACAACAAAAGCAUUGACAUAUUAUAUAAUUUUGAGUUUAUUAAUUGUAUGACAAUUUACAGAGUCUAAAAUGAUGAUCUGGAACCAGAUUUUACAACGUUAGUCUGUACCUUUUCCGAAAUUUCUAAAUCUUCGGUUUUUUUUUUUUUACCU